AUGAGCAGCAAGAUAUUCCGUAUCUUCAAUCCUGGAGCUAAGUGCGUCGCAGAGGCCAAGAAAGACCCCGUGGAGAAGCGGCGAGCACAACUUCGAAGUGCACAACGGUCGUACCGUGACCGCAAGGACAAGUACACCAAGUCGCUCGAACAAGAGGUCGAAAGAGCCCGAAACAGAGAGGCUGAACUUAUGAUCCGAUGCGAGCAGAUGUACGCUGCUCUCGAGUCGUUAACAGAGAUGCUUUCUCGCCAUGGUAUCGGUAUUCCUGCCGCUUUCGGGGACAACUUAACCAGCAAAAAUGACGGUGGGAUUCACAACUUAUCUCAUUCUAGAAUGGGCGAAUUCUUGGCCGGAUUGAGAGCCACCGAACUUUUGAAAACUUCGGAAAAAGAAUCAGAAGACGGUCGAACGGUUGACAAAAACCCACUCCAGGCGGAACUCAACACGACGGCUGAUAUUGUUGCCAAUGACCUCCAAACGGCAACAGACGCUCUGUCGAGUCACCAAUACACCGAAAAGCAAGGAACAGAGCUUCCGUGGUUGAAGACUAACAGAGCGGUUAAUAUGUAUGAUUUUGACGACAACCGAAUGUGCGAGGUUGACUUGAUCGCAGCAGGUAUGGAGUUUGUUCUAAGGCUUGAAAGUCCUUGCCUUGAACAUAUUCAUGGUGACCUCAAGAAGCCUGAUGACUCAACGGGUCACGUUUUGACAGUGUCGGCGAGAACUAUCUCUUUAUAUGCAGACCAAUCCCGAUCGAACGAGAAAGGUCAUGUUGGUAUUCCGUCGUACCAAGACGCACCCCGAGAUAUCUUGGAACGGAUCCUAGCUCUCUCUCCGCACGUUUGCUUCGACGGGGAGAUGACGCCAGCCCAAGCGUGGGAGUAUAUACGGAGCCAACCUCACUUUGGCGGCAUCGAGCUGCGAAGAUUAUGGGCGCUUGCUGACAGAUUGAUGGAGGGCAUUAAAUGUCAUGGUUUUGGUGCUGUGAUUGAGACUCAGGGUUUUCAGGCAUUGGUAUACGAUGCUCUGCUGCUCGGGACGCAGUUCUUAUAG